AUGAACUACAUCAGCGUGGACCUUUAUAAACCAUUUCAACCACUCGCUAAUAUAUACAAGUCAUUACUAUUGGUGUCAGAGGGUCGGGGUUAUCGCAACGGCUUUUACGCCGUGUGGUUGGUGUCGACGCUGCCGUUGAUACACAUCGUGUUGAACGACAUAACCGCGCAAAUGGUGAAAAGGGAUGUGGCGCACGUGGACACCAUCGACGACCUACUGGACGAUCGGCUCACCGUAUAUACCAGUUACUGGAAUAACAAACAGUUCAACUCACCAGGCUACUACAACUUACUACCGGACGAGUUUCGUGGUAAAUUUUUAAAAAUGAUAUCGAAAUUGGCCGAUGUCGAAUUGGGCGAUGUUUUAACGUAUUUCACGGAAAGCUCCACGUCCUUUUAUCGUAUAAUGAAAAACAUUGCCCUGAUAGCCAACGACUUUGAGAUUGGCAAUCUCGUAUCGAUAUUGGGCGCGUUCACCACACUGCACCUAGGUCAACCGGAUUUGCUUAUACCGAUUACUACGUUAUGCCACGGUGCUAAUUAUCCGUUUGAUAAUAUCACGCUUGUGUGGUUUGAGUGGACCAGUGCGAGUGUAUUGCGUGUAUUGCCUGUCAAUUGGUCUCACCCUCUGUAUAUUCUCGCACACUUGUGUCCACACAUCCCACGACUCGUCCGCAAGUCAUCCGCAUUACUGUCACCACAACUCACAUCGCAGACCAUAACAAGCACAUCCAUGUCGACCAUCACUUCGUUGCCGCCAAAGAGCGCUUCCAAGAGCUACACGACGAUCGCCAUCGAGGGUAACGUGGGGUCCGGGAAGACCACAUUCCUCACACAUCUGCAGACAUUCAACGACGACACGCGACGACUGAUCCAGUGUUUCGCCGAACCCAUAGACAAGUGGCGAUCGGUUCGCGGCGUAAACCUCUUCUCCCUUCUCAACGAAGACAUCAAUCGGUGGUGUUUUCCCUUCCAGUCGUACGUCCAGCUGUCGAUGCUUCAGAUGCAUCAGACGGCGCCCACCGAUCCAGAGGUGGCCAUCAAACUGAUGGAGAGGUCCCUCCAUUCGGCCCGUUAUUGCUUCGUAGAGAACCUCUUCCGCAGACAACACCUGAGACGCGAAGAGUACGCGAUUCUCGACGAAUGGUUUCAAUGGAUUGUUCGGUACGAGCCGAGUGUUGGCAUCGAUUUGAUUAUAUAUCUGCGAACCGAUCCGGAGGUGGCCUUCGAGCGCAUCCUUCGCAGGAAUCGUCCGGAGGAGAAGAACCUGACGCUCGACUAUCUCAAGGAUUUGCAUCACUUGCACGAGGAGUGGCUGUUGGGUCGCCAGGACUCCACGUUUGCCAUACCGGCGCCCGUCAUUGUGAUCGACGCCAACCAGGACUUGGCCGAAGUUAAGAGGGUUUACGACCGACACUCCGUUGAUAUACUUAAUGGCAACGCCUUUAAACCCAUUCACAAUGUCUGCAAACAAUACUAG